AUGCAUACCACGGGGCGAUCAAUCUGUGCUCGCAUCUUGCCCCUCUCUCAGGAGCGGAAGCGCCGCGAGAUAGCCGCGAAACGAAAGUCAGCCGCCAAGGCCCUGGCAGCCCAAGCCCGCCGCGAAAACGCCGUCCGCUUCCGUCGCGAAACCGUCUCCGCGGGGCCCCCGGAAGGAGCGGGCGGCGGCGGCCGGCGGGGGAGGGAGGGCACUGCGGUUGGCGAGGGGUCGUCGGGCACGCGGGCCCGGUCUCACUCUCCCCGCGGCAUUACCGAGACACGGGGACGCGGGCAGAACGUCCCUCCCGACCCUGCUGCUGCCGGCGGGUCCAGGACGAGGUGGGGCGGGCACCAGGGUGUCGUUGCUGCCAGCUCCAAGCAUCCCCGGCCUCGCUCCGGUUGGCAGCAAGAACAGCAUCAGCAGCAGCAGCAGUACUCGCGGCCUCGCUUGUCCCGCUCGGCCGGUGCGACUCGCAGCAGGGACGAGGAGGAUCCCCCGCUCCCUCCCCUCCGGAGACGAGUUCUACGGAGUAGCGGCACGGCGAGGGUGAACGCCCUUGCAGAAGACCAGUCCAACCGUGUCGCCGCAGACGCGGGUAGUAGUAGACGGGCUGAGGACGAGGGCGGCGCCUUCGGGGGGGCCGCGGAUGUAGAGGGGGGCGAAAGUCGAGCUGAAGGCAGUCGACAAGGAGCUCGAGGCGUCGUCGGUAGUGGCGGUGACGGUGGUGUCGUGGUUGGCGGGACACCGGCACAUGGCGAAGAGGAAGAGCUCUUGAAUCCGGCGCAGUCGUCGACGGCGGAUGCGGCGGCUCCGGCGACGGAGAAAGUCGUUGCGGCGGCCGUCCCAAGGGCUAGAGCUGCCGACACCGAGCUGCAGCAAUCGCGCCGUUUGCGGGGAGAAGCCGCUGCUAAGGAAGAGGCCGAGCGGGAGCGGCAGGAGCAGGAGCGGCGGCAAGGGGGCGGAACGCGGGGUGGCAACGGGGAUCGGCACCGCCAAACGCUGGCGUUCAUGGCCAAGCAGCGCAGGCAGCCUCGCACCGCCGCGACCGCACCAUCGCCGCCGCCGCCGCCGCCGCCGCCGCCGCCGCCCCCGCCACCCGCCCCCAAGCUCUCGUUCUCCGUGCCGGCGGCGGCGGCGGCGGGCGGGCCCGCGAGACGCCGUGCUUCGCCGCCGCACGGCGCCGGCGGCGUUAGCUCGGCGGCUGCUGCUGCUGCCGCUUCCAAGGCACCACCUCUUCGGCCAGAGUGGGUGAGCGUCGUCGACGUCAAGUCGAGGCCGGGGUCGCCGGCGGAGAUGGAGUAUCAGCCGAGAAGAGCGGCGACGCAAGGGCUCCGCAGAGGGCCGAGGGGCAAAGAGAAUCGGGGAGGGGGUGGGGACGCCGGGGGCGGAGGCGAGAGGCGAGGGGUGAGAAGGCGGGAGCCUCCUCCUCCUCCGUCUAGGGCGGCACCACGGCCGCGCUCUGCCAGCAAGCCCAGGAGUAAACCUGCCGAGGAUGAUGCCCGAAGGCGGGGCAAGAGCCCGCCUCCUAGGACUACCGGCGCUGCUGCUCUGGGGGCCACCGAUCCGCGCAGCAGAAGUAGGCGCAAGGGUGACGGCGUUGUCGGCGGCGUCGGGGGCAUCAACAAGGGUGUGCGCUCUGGCCGACUGGUCAACAAGAGCAGCGGGGGCGGCGGGGGCGGCGGCAACCGCUCGCAGCCUUUCGGCAGCCACCCCCCCGCGUACGACGAGGCCAAGGCGGCUCUGCGCCGUGAUGGUAACGGACCUGCUGCAACGGCGCGGCGGCAGUGGCGGCCAGCCCAUGGUUGGGAGAAUGGCGACGGUGGUGGUGGCGACGAGGUCGAUGGAGGGUUUAGGCCGGAGCGUGAGGAUGGAGGGGGGUGUGGGGCGACGGUUGUAGAAGUGGGGGUACCGAGGAAGGAGGUUCGUCGAAGCGAUCGAAGUCUGCAGGAUGAGGCGGAAGAACCAUUCCUCGGAGAGCAGUACUCCAGGCCGGUGCUGCCCGACACGGGUUCGGAGGCGGAGCCCGAGGUUCGGCAGGAGGAGUUGGAAGGCGGCGCCGGGGGAGGGGCAAGGGUGGUUGAUGAAGAUGAAGAGGAAGACUCGCUCGACGAGAGGCUCCCGUUCAUGCUAGCGUCGCUGGAGAGGGUGGCGUUGACUGUGCACGACUUGCAGGGACGUUGUGCCCGCCUUUCCCGAGCUGCUGCGGCUGGCGGCGGCCGUGACGGUGACCGGCCGAAGAUGUUGACCGCAGGUAGGCAGCUCUCGGCCUUUUCGGAGGAAGCACAGGCGGAGGCGGCGGAACAACAUCGACGACAACCACAGCAGGUGUGCGCUCCGCAGCAGCAACAGCAGCAGCAGCUGCUGCGGUUGGACACGGGCCGGGCGAGGACUCCCGACCAACGACCGGCGAUCACGGUGCCGACGCCGGUGGUGCUACCGCCGAGGCAGGCCUCGCCGCUCCUAGGGCCGACUACUUCUCCUCACCGCCGCCACAGUCAACUCGGCCCCGGCCCCGAAGGACCUCCCUCUUUCUCAGCUGCGGAGCCCCCGGCCGCUUCGCCCGCAGCCGUCAUGGCGAUGGAGUCGGGUUCGGCGGCGCGGGAGGAUACAGUUGCUCAGCGGGGGGCCGCCGGCAGCACUGAUGCUUGGCCCGUUUAUGUCCAGCCGAGGAAUUCUAGGGCCUCGCCGACUCCUCUGGACGGGGCUUCGCCAACGGCGUUUCGGAUAUCUCCUCUUCCGCCCGAUGCUGCCGGGCCGUCAGCCAAAGAGGACCUCCCGGCGGAGAUGCCUGCGGUGGAAGCGGCGUGGGGCUCCCCGGUCGAGUUCGAAGAGGACGGGCUGGGGUUGAGGAGGCCUCGCGACAGCGUCAACGGCGACAGCAGCAGCAGGCACGGCGAUGGCGGAGGAAGGCCUUGGACGCCGGUCGCCGGCAGCGGGAUCGCCGAGGUCCUCAGGAAGCUCCGCGAGCCUUCCGGCGCAGGGAAACGGGACGCAGAACGGGCGCUGUCGUCGGCCGCACGCGGUGCUCGUCCAAACGAUGAUCGGGUUGACGCGACGGCGGCGGUUGCAGCGGCAGCGGCGGAGGAGUACCGGCAGUCGGGUUUCGUGUCGAGGGGUCCGGGUGACGUCAUGUUGGAGGCGGAGGGUGGUGAUGGCCACGGCCUCCCCGCCUGGAUACCCCGUGCUGCCGGCAGUAGUAGUCGCGGAGGCGGCCGUGGUCGUCAGUCGUCGUGGAGUUCGUCGGACGAUGCGAGAGGCGAAGACGGCAGCAGCAGCAGCAGCAGCGGCAACGACGGCGGAGAGGAGGACGAUAGAAAACGAGCCGCCGGAGGAUUCUCGCUGGUAUCGCUCGUGGCGGAAGACAUCGUCCGGGCGCAGCGGGAGGCGGCGACACGACGGCGCCAGGAGGAGGAAGAAGCGGCGUCUGCGGCAGCCGCUGCCGCUGCAGCAGCGGCUGCAAGAGCGCGACAGCAGCAGCAGCAGCAGCAGCAGCAACAGAACGCCCUGCUGACCGCAUCGGAAGACGCCGCCGUGGCGGACGCCGUUAGGUCCGCGGCAAGGGUUGUGGCUGCCGAAGAAGCUCUCCGCAUUGACAGCCUUUCGCAGGAGGCGGCGACGAGGACAGGUCCGGCGGCCGCCGGGGCGGAUGUCGGGGAAGAUGCCGCCGCGGCUGCAGGGCGGACGGCGGGCGCCGAUCGGUCCCCUCCCAAGUCCCCGAGGACCGACUCGCGCCAGGAGCUGAAGAAGAACCUGUGGGACUCCCUUCUGCAGAAGGGGCCGGCGCUGGCCCCCUCGCGCCGACAGGAGCCCCUGGAGUCAUCUCGUGUCGCGUCCGACGGCGGUGUUGUUGGUGGAGGCGGAGACAUGCGAGAGGCGGGGGAAUCUCUCCCGUCUCAGCCCGCCGUAGAUGAACCGGGUAGCGAUGGAGGGGAGGAGGAGGGGAGGAGGAGGAGGAGGAGGCUCGCGCCCGCAGAGCUCCAGGCGCAGCUGUUGAACGAGCUCCGGCUGCACGACGACCUACAGGACGCCGAGCUUCAGGCGGACGCCCUCCUGGCGGCGCAGAGGGUGGAAGAAGCCCGACGGGAGGCGCGUGUCGCCGGGCUGCUGCUGCGUAGGGAAAGGGCGGAUACCCUGCUCCAACAACAAGACGCCUUCGAAGCGGCCUUGGCACGGAACGACGCUACCCACGAGGCUCGGCUCCGGCGACUCAAGCAGGAGGCCGGGGAGCGGGCCGCGCACCAGGCGGAGGCGGCAACGGUGGCGAUAGCGGCGACUUCCGCGGCGGCGCUCGGGGCGCACGGGCGGCAGGCGGGGGCGGCGGUGGCGGCGGUGGCGGCGGCUGGGGCACGCGCACAGACGCAGCAGGCCUCUGCGAUGGCGGCUCAGGCAGCCAUGUUCUUGGAGUUCCAGGAGCGUGCGGUGGAGCGGGGUAGGGCCAUGGCCCGCCGCGGGGCGCGAGGCGGCAUGAGGGAAGAGGCAGAGAGGGAGAGGGGGAGGCUCUCCUCUGACGGCGGCGGCAGUCUUGGGGAAGAGGGAAGCGAGGGGGAGGGUAGACGGCGGACGCACAGCGGGUCCGAGGAGGGCAUGCAACAAGGAGGCAGGACGAGUACCGACUUCGAUAGCCUGCUCGAGCACUCCCCCGUGCACAAUGGCCGCAGCAUGCUCCACCAAGCAUCAUCUGCUCCCGCGGCAGUUACGGCGGGAGCAGCGGCGGCAGCGGCGACGGAUCCACACGAGCAAAAGCCGGAGUUCUGGCCGUCGGAAGAGCCCCUUUCGCCCGAACUGAGAGAGCGCAAAUCAUCGUCAGCGGUGAGAGGAUUUUCGAGGUCCGAUCAACCGCGUCAGCAGGUCUCGAGGAACGGUUCAAGGAACGGUUCCAGGGUAAGCGGGCGGCUUUCUUGCUCUGUAGGCGGUGGCGGCGGCGGUGGCGGCGGCGGCGGGAGCGGAGGGGAGUUCUCCCCCGGCAGGCACAUGAGACUUUCGCACGACGGGUUCAACAGCUUUGCCGCGGGCGUUCGUCGGCAGCAACACGGUGGCUCAGUGGGGGGGGCGGCGGUGGCGGCGGCGGCGGGUAGGGCCAACAGUAGUGCUAGCUUGGGAGGCAGCGGCAGUGCCGCUCGAGGUGCUUCUUCUUCUUCGGCUGUCCUGGGAGACGGCGGCAUGGUCGGCGCGCACGACCUCGACGCCUUGCUGGAUUACCGCAUGGCGGCGCUGAGGGACUCGGCCAGGCGACAGCAGCGGUUGUCGUCCUCGCUGUUGGAGCCGGUGCGGCGGAGCGGCCCUCUCGCUGGAGCAGGCCGCGGGGCCGCCGCAGGAAGCGGCAGCGGCGGUGGCGGCACGCAGGGCGCAGCGUCCGUCGAGUACGCCGCGGUUCGCCGGGAGAUCGAGCUGGAGCGGGAGGCGAUGUCGCGGCGCACGCAAGAGCAGCUACGGGAGCUAGAGGGCGAAGAAGAAGAGCUCGACGACGGCGACGAUGAUGAUGAGCGUUACACUUCGUUCGGGUCCAGCGGGCACGAAGACGGUGAUGAUGAUCGCUACCACCGCCGCAGCAGGAGCACAGAGCAGGACGAGGAGUUCCGCCGGUGUGGUCGUGCGGAGGAGCCGGCCCAGGACGGAAACGAAACUGUCGGCGGAGCGGCGUCUCUAUCGGACGACGACGAGGAGGUGGCUGAUGAGGCCUUGCCGCAGGAGGAUGACUACCGAGAUGUCGGGGGACCCGCAGAAGACGUUCGAGAAGGGUCCCUCCACCUGGACGAGUCCCUGGCGCUUGAGCUGCAGGAGAGCGUCGUGCCGCUCGCUGCCGCAGGCCGCCCGAGCCAGGCGAUGGAGAGGGUAGCCGCACCCGGCGGUGCGACCGGUGGCACGCCGAGGGCCGGAGAGGAGGGGCCAGACCAAGGCGACGCCGACACUAUCCCCGACGACAUCUCGGCGGCUUCUAGCGCCUUUUCGUCCGCGGCCAAAGCGGUGCCCGACGAAGCUUCAGAGGGUUCCCCGGUUGGGGAGGGGAGGUCGGGGUCCGACGACAUCGGAGCUGCGGAGCAGCAGAAAGAGCACGGCUUGGUGGGCGUGCUAGAGGAGGUGACGAGCGGCGGGGAUGCUGAAGAGGCUGCGGGCGAAGUCCCGGACGACAUUUCCGCUGGUCGGGGAGAAGCCCAAAGUGAUGAGGUGGAGGAGGAGGCUUACGACAGCGUCUCUUUCGAGGAGGAGGAGGCCCAAGACUCCCAAGACUCCCAAGACUCCCAAGACUCCCAAGACUCUGACGACCAUACCGCAGCAACAGAUUCCGAGAAAAUCGCUGAUGCGCGGUGCAAUGCCAGCGCGGCAUCACAGCGGCACUCUGAAGACUUUGAGUCAUCUCCCCCAUCCCCCCUGCCUCCCGCAGCGGCAGAAACCGCGCCGGCCCCGCUCGACGACGACGGAGCUUCGGCGGGCCUGCUUUCGCCGCCGGUCCUGCACGGGGAGGAUGUCGAGAGCGGUGGCCGGAGCGACCGUCGCCCGGCACCAGGAGGAUUGCAGCCGGGGUCGGCCGGGUCGCUCGGGUCGAUGGAGGCGGCGGUGACUCGGCGUCGAGACACGGUGCAGCAGAUAAGGGGCAAGCUGGAAGGCCUGCGGGAGUCGAGAGACCGGGUUCGGGCGAAACGAGCGCUGGUGCAGCAGCUGGGAAUCCUUGAGAUGGAUAUGGCACACACCAAAUGCUGCUGCUUCUGUAGUGUCGAAAGGGUUUGGGCGUCAGGCGAAAACUGGAGUGGCGGCGACUUCUGGGAAGUCGACUCGUGCAACUCGCCGCCCAAGAAGCUCUGAAUAUGAUUUCACUGGCGGUGUUCGUUCUUGAACUCCGCCCCCUUUGUUGACUAUAAUAUCAUCGCGGCUUAGCGUUCGUCUGUUACAUCCUCUGUUGCAUGCGCUGAUUUCAAUUCGGGUGUGGCGAGUACUGUUUCGGCGCCUUUUUUUUUUUUUUCCGCUACACCCGUGCUCGCGAGCCGUCGUCACCGUCCCCAACGAUUGUUUCCAAGACGCCCGUGUCCCCAAGGGAAUACCUCCCCAACGCUGACUGUUGCUGUUGUCUUCACAUUAAAAACCAUCCCGGUCUCUCUAUGCAGUACCUCCUUCUGUCUCAAUCUCUCCGUACUAAUCCAGCACUUGACUCGGUCAAUUUCCGUGGUCACAGGCUAACGUACCUAGAAAAGGUAUACCAAAAUAAAAUGGACCCCAAGGGUUAGCAGAGCGAUAAAAUACAAGAAAACAAAAGAAUCAGAAACAAAUAGAUGAAUAAAUUGUGGAACGUGCGCACCACCAGCCUGAGGGGUAGCCUUCCGGAAGGACCUCAAGGGUCAGCAGCACGUGCCAGUAAAAAAACAAAACAAAAUAAAACGAAAUUAACCAAAGACAGACGAGAAGAUAAACAAACUCGCACAGAGACAGGC